ACAUGCGAAGAUAGCGAACAAUGAACUAAUCAUUACUCACCAGCAUUUUCUUCAAAAGAAACAGCUUUUGUUGAAAGCGGUGAGAAUUCCAAAUGCUGAACAUUUUUUUCCUAUCAAAUAAAGUUGGUAACUAAUGUAGCGAUUAGGAAGACUGCAAGAGUUGAAAUGGCAACCUACAGCCAAAGUUGAGAACCAUUAUUUCUUCCUUUCUCCGUCCAGUUCGGCCCUAAUUUGGUUUGUAAUUAUUCCUUUCUUCCUAGUGCUGAUUUCCAUCCAUCUGUAAGUUUCCCAAGCGUGUGGGAAGGGGAGGGUGGACAUCUCUUGCCCCUCCCCUGACCUGUGGCUCUGGAUACCCUGUCUUCUUAAGGAGCAUGAGCACCGUGGUUGAAUAUGACAAAACCGACGCCCCGUGCUAACACUCUGUGGUUUUCUGGGUCUGUGGCGUUGCUCCUCCGUUUCCUGGAGGGCUUCCGGGGUCACGCGUCGGCAUUUGUAGACUUUCAGCACAUCAUCUCUCCCUCACUUCCUUCCAUCCGCCGACGGUCUCCGGAGGGUGGUUCUGGGCCACUCACCUUGGUGAUUCUUUUCCCCAAACCGUGUGACUCACUGUCAGCCUGAGAAGCCCAGGGUUGGAGGAGGGAAGGUGGGCUUCUGGGACAGAAGGCUGUGUGUUUUUAUUUUAUUUCACUUCAGUUUAUGGAAUUUGUGUUCAAACCAGUAGUUCUCAGCCAGCAGUGUUUGUUUUCACAUGUGACUAGAAAUUGAUUUUAAAUAACUUCGUUAGGUAACCUUUUGUGUAUGGCCAGUCACCCCCAUGGUUAGUAGCUGGAAAAUCAAUGGGAGGUUCUUCUGCUCUGGGAUGGCCCUGUCGAACUCUGCGGGGCUUACUUUUCGUCUGUAGUCAUUCAUCUGGGGCCGGAUGACCCAGGCUGGCCUCCUUCACGUGUCUGGUAGUUAGCAGGCCGCGGACCAGAAUAAGGGGAGCCACUGGGCCACACAUGCGUCGUCGUCCAACGCACUAGCCUAUGCUCCAGGGAGAGUGGCAGUAAGCAUGGGUAGGCACCAAGGUUGGCAAAGGUAGAAGCUGCAAGGCUUCUUGAGGCUCGGGCUCAGAACACAUUCAGUGUCACUUCUAGCGCAUUCUGUGGGCCGAAUCUAGUCUUAAGGCCUGCUCAGAUUCAAGGCAGAGAAUCUGAUGGAAUGAACUAACAAGCACUGUAGCUGUUUUUGAAAUCUACCAUGAUAACCAAACAUCCUUAUUUGCAAAUUCUGUAAAUAUACAAAUGAAAACAGAUCUGGAGUUCUUCCACUAAUAAGGUAACUCUCACUUACAUUCACACAGACUUUAUACCUGGGGAAGAAGCGGGGGCGGUCAUUGGCCCGGGCCAUGACAGUGAAUGAUCCGUGUAAAUACCAUCUAUCAAUCUGUCGCAUGGGUCAUGGCAGAAAAAGGUUGCAGACAGCUGUCCGCGAGGCAAGGUGGUGAGGCAGAGAGAACGUGAACCUUAGAUUCAGGCGGACCUGAGUUCAGACUCCCAUCUCCCCAGAGUAUUAACCGGAUGGCCUUGGGCAAGUGGCUUAACCCCUCUAAGCAUCAAUUUCCUCAAGCAUAAAAUGGGAACACUACCUAAGGCAUACGGCUGUUGCAGUAAAUAGCCAUUUCAUGUUAGUUUCCUUCCGUCUCCUUAAUUUUUUGAAAUUCACAGGUAGCGACCAUAGUCACUCUCUUCUACACAGAAUCAAAGCUGCCCAGUCCCUUUUCCUGCCAGAUACUGGCUUUUUGUUUUCACAUAUUGCAGAUCUUUGAAAGAUGACUUUGACAUAGUAGUUUUCAACCUGGGAUCUUGGCAGUCUUUGCAAAAACAUAAGCUUACAUAAGUUAACAACUCCAAGACAAUUCUCUGUUUCGGUGCUACAAAUUAUUUCACGUUUUUGAGUUGUGCAUGGCUGGUUUUUCUUUCUGGUCUGGUGGAAUUCUGGAAACCCACCAUCGGAAAAGCAGGCUUUGAAAUAAUAGAAGUUGGGCAACAACGUACGGGAACGAUGUUCUCUCAGAAAGGAUGCAUUUACACUGGAUGAGGUUUUCAAACACAUCUAAGAGCUCUAAGUAGUGAAGUUGGUCUUUGGGGGCUGGAGGAGGCCAGAUUGGGCAAAACCUCUGCUUCUCCUCUGAUGCAUUCCGUAGGGCUCCAUUUUGGCUAAAUCAUCAUAAUUCCCACCAAGACAGCACAGAAUGAUAAUGGUUUUAUUUAUUAUUUUAUAUGCAUUGCCAGUAUAUGCAAAGCUUUAUAGCUCGCCAUAAAUCGAGAGGGAUUAUCGCAGCUGUUACUUAUUUUAACAGGUCACAAUACAGUAGUUUAUGCCAGAUGGUUUGGAGAAUUUUGAGAGAGAAAUUUUAUACAGGCAGCCAUAUAGAUACAAGCUUGGAUAGUCGUACCCUGAAAUUAAUUUACAUUUGUUAUGAUAUAAAAUAUAUAUGAAUAAACACAUAGCUCCUUAUGAACGAGUGAGCCAUUUUAUAGCACUGAUUUCUUCUGGAAGUUGUGGGGUCUCUUGUGAGCAGUGGCGGGGAGACGGCAAGAGUAACGUGCCGCUAAAGAGAGACGGGAGUUGAGGCUCAGCCACGUCCAUCGCCACAAAGGGGAUUCCAGCUGGCUUCGGGGAAGUGAACUUUGGAAGCAAAACUGGGUUUCCAUCAUUGGAACCAAAGAGAAUACAUAAAGCAGGGAAUCCGCCCCACAUAAACAUAAGGAGAGCGUGGUGGGGAGUAGAGCUUGCAUUGGGAUCCCCAAGGUCACGAACAAGGUCGUUCUGGGGCAAAAAGUUUACCCAGCCUGGGCAGAUCACAGAACGUAUUAUCGCCCUUGCAGGUGCUAAAGUUUCUGUGUGGAGAGGUCAGUUUGGAAUGGUCACAGAAAUGGGAAGGAGAACUAAAAGCACUGAUGAUCAGAAACCAUUUCAGAAGGUAUUUUGGGUUCCAGGUUUCACAGAACAAUAGGCUUCCAGAAUGCCAGACCUAGAGAAAGCCUUAUAGAUCAUCUCCACCCUCCUUGUCUCAUAGAUGAAGAAACAGACCAAGUGGUCACCUUGGUUCUUUCAGUAAAAAAGUAAAGUCAGACUGUCGAGGUCUUUGGACACCGUCAGCUUCCUCCAGUCUCCAUGUCACCGGUCUGCCCCACCGACUCCCCUGCUGUGUGCCACCUUGCGCUGGGAGAGGACCGCAUCCCCACCAUCAGAAUAAUCCAAGGACCAGGUGGAAAGCCCAGCUCGGUUUUCUUGGCAAAUCGCCCCAAGACAUAAAGUUAAUUCCCCCUCUGGAACAGGAAUAGAAUUACUUAGUUUUUUCAAGUCCGUUCUUCUAGCUCCUCUAGGCGAGGGGCCAACUACUAUCUGUUGGUGUCUGCAAAACAAGGAAGCAGAAGAGGGGAGUUUAAAACAGAUUUGGGCCCUAUAACGGGUAUAAUCUCCAUGCAGAAAAAUCAGGAAGUGGCAGUGUUUUGAAAGCUGAAUAGCCCAUGAAUGUCAAGGGACGGAACUAGAAGCUUUAUUGUGGACUCCCCCAGGAUGACUAGUGGAAAAACUGAAAAUCUGUAGGCUUGGUAAUACUGAAAUGCCCCGCCGAUUCCAGAGAUGCUCGGCUUCCAGUAGCUCCGGCCGUCUGGAACACGGCUCUAAGCCUGAAGGUAAGUGAGGGGGAGCUCCCCAAGGCUGCAAGAUAGUUGCCAGCAAGCCCAUGCAGUCGAUUCAGAACCUGGCCUGGGUUCUUGCUCAAACCAUUAGUAACUCUUGUUUGAUGAACAGAUGUUACCGAGCCGUGGUGUCUGUUUUCUUCAGCUCGCUGUGGAUUCAAACCGUGGGGAAGGAGCUAGGAGGGUGAGAAGGGAAUGCCAGUGGAGAGCUGAAUAUCAAGGAAAGAGCUUGGAAAUCUGAAAAGGAGGCUUUGAAAUGUGUUACCAUAGAGACCAAUAAUAAGCCUUCUUAAUAAAGACCCCAAGUAAUCACCAAAGCAUUAAAUCGUGUUUCGUAUCAUCUGAUUAAAGAGAUAGGGAAGCGAAUCGUUCAAGGUAGGCCAAAUUCUGGCAGUAAAAUCCUCGCCGCUUUCGGAGGCUUUUUCCUCACAUACGCUGAAGUCUCAUGCAGGUCAGCCUUCGGUCAUUUGGGUGGCAGGGCUCCUUCCGUCUCGGGGUUCCAGCACCCCCGUAGAGCAUCUGUGUCUAGCCAGCGGGGGAGAGAAGGGAGCGUCCGGAGGAAUGGGUGGGAGUUUGUGUGGGCCGGGCCUGGAGGCAGGGUGGCCGCGGGAGAAAGGUGGAGACGGUCUUAUGAACUGACUAGCCACUUUCUUCCAGGGAGAGUAUAGACUGAGCUUUCAAAUAACAAGGGGCUGGUGGUUGCACAAACUAGCCACACGCAAACUCACCCACGUAGACCUCUGUGUUUCCUGGCAAUACCAGGAAAGGGGAAUAUCUGUGUCCUGAGCCACAAUACAGAGCAUGGGCUGGCAGACUGUGGCCCGUGGGCCCAAUCUCACCCACUGCCUGUUACCGCGGAUGAAGUUUUAGUGGAACACGGCCACGUCCGUUCAUCGUGAGCUGCACACAACAGCAGCGUGAACUGGCUGCAACAGACGCGGCGUGGCCCGCCAAGACUACGGUCUUUACUCUCUGGCCCGUCACAGCACGAGUUUCUGAUCCCCGCUCUAGGUCACCGCUGGCCUAAGGGAGGACACGUGUGCGACUGUUUCUUCCUGGGACCCAGCAUCCUUGGCUUCCAGUCAAAACAAGCGGGAUACCCACGCGGACGGGGACGUAACCUCUGCCCUCAGAAUGCCAGCUCCGACAGGGCCCAGACUCCGCCCCGUCCCUGCCAGCACGUAGCACGGUCCGUGGCAUCUGAGAGAUGUUCGAUAAAUGCUUCUAUUUGGCCCCUCAGCCACAGGAAGAAUCAGGUACCCUGACCACCACACGGGGGACAGGGAGCCCGGGAAAACGACAGUAUGAGCGUGCGUGUGGAGACUUCCAGCAGUUGGGAAGGAACGGCCUUCGUUGGGCUUUUACCAUGUGCCAGGUGCCACCUAUUAUUCUGUUUACUCGCCCUGACAGCCCUGUAAGUGAGGUGUUACUGUUUGCAUUUUACAAAGGAGGAGACCAAGGUUCAGAGAAGUCGAGUUAUUUUCCCAAGGCCACACCGCUAAGAGCUGGAGGAGCUAGGAUUCAAACACAGGUCUUCCUGGGAUAAAAGCCCAGGUAUUUUCGUCCACAUCAUGGGAAUUGCUAAAACUUUAUUCAAAUGCAGCCCAGCGACAUCGUUUCUUUUCAUCGUCACUGUUAACAACAACCUCACUCUCGUAAAGAUCAAUGCGGAGGGGCGGACAUGGCCAUUUUCAUGGCUUCACGGAGUUCAGCCAAGGCUCUCCCUGGAUAGAGCAGGCCUGAAAGCCUGGGGCAACACAGUUCAACCCUUGGGAUGUGUGAUUAGUGACUUGGCCAACUUGGCCACCGGCUCCCUGUGAUCUUGCCAGGGAUCGCUGUAGAAGGUGGCCACUUUGCUCACCGAAACAUAAAUUCUCACGUCAAAGCCUGAGUAGUUGGAGUCACUUGAGGCGGGCAGCUCCCGGUGUCCCCGGUGGAGUGGGUCUGGGCGUGCGUUAACACACAGAUCUCCAGGCCUUGCCGCGAGCCUCUCCCCGGUGCUGGUGUCACGAGCCCCCAGGUGCUGCUGGUGCCACUGAUCCUUUGGUGACCGAACCCAAGGGAAAGAACCCCCCGUUUCUUUUCAGAAGCUCUGACUGGCAUCCUGCCCACCCCACGCUUUCCGCUCUCUCAGUCCUUGUGGAAGUCUGAGAGGCCCAGGUCUGCCCUUGGCGGGCAAAACUGCUCUCGUGGACCUCUCGCCGGACAUCUGGCACUCUGGAUCAUGCUGUCUUCUUGAAACCGUUUUGUCCCUUGGCUUGUGAGAUAGGGCCCUCCCUCCCUGCCUCCCGGUCUCCCGCUUCUCUCGCUUCUCUGACUCCUCUCAUUCUGAUGGCCUCUUUUCCUUUGCCCACCGACCCCGUCAACUUCGGGGUUCAUGGCUGUCUUCUCAGCCUCACUGGGGGAGUAGUGGCCACGCCACUUCUUCCCUCCCCAUCCUUUCUGUCCUAGCCACACACUGUCUCCCGGGGAGGCUCCAGCCACAUUCCCCAUCCUUCCUGGAGGCUGGCAGCCGUCCAAGGAGGUUGGUGUGAGUGGGGUCAGAAGACAGCAGCCAACCUAGACUAACUCGGGUUGGAUGCGAUAUUUCAUGUGACUACGAUCAUAAUUCAUAGUAAUGCCAAUUAGGAAGUGCCCUACCCGUGCACCUGCAAACCCCGUGAUUUCUUACGACCUUGGCAAGUCAAGUGUUUCACCACAAUUUGUCAAUGAUGGAGGAGUCGCAGGCCCCACGGACCGGGUAAUGCCCACACAUGUAAAUGAGCCUGGGGCAUAAACCUCCCUAUUUGAAGACGGACGACCUGGUCAGAAAAUAGUCAUGUUUUCCUGAAAUGGGUUUCCAAGGCAUCAAGACAAAUUACCUACAGCUGUGCCCCGCAAGCCAUCUUGGGAUGAUUUCGUUCCCUGGUCUUUCCCCCGUGUUAUAUGUUGGGGUAUAUCCCGUAAGUGUUGCAGUGGCCCGAAACGGCUUUUGGUCUUUCGCAUGCCGUUGUCGUAUAUACAACCUAGCAGCCUCAGGCAGGGGCACGCACUGCUGUGGUUUUUAGCCCUGGUUCGACACCAUAGCUGGCUUAGUAAAUCACCCUUCCCUGGAGAUCACUUCAUGGCUCUGAAGGCAUUGUCUCUGCAGUGUUUUUAAGCCUGAGCAGGGUGAGUUGUAUCUAGCAUGCAAGGUCUCAGGGACCGGGGAUGAAGAGGGGGAAGGGACGCAAUGGUACAAUUUGCGGGCUGCUCUAGUCCUGUUACACACGGGGCGCGGGCUCCGCGCCAGUCUCAGUCUUCCCUCUUGCCCCGGGGCUGGAGGAGUUGGCGCGGGCGUCUCGUCGUCGUCGUCUCUGAUUCUAACGCUGUUGGUCAGAGACUGGGGACAGGGGAGGUGAGAAGGGAGCCACGGGGGUGCGGUGCUGAGCAGCCGCGGCCGGUCCAGCCUGUUGGUGAUGUGCCGAGCCCGCCGCCACUCCGGGCAUGGGUAACACGCGGCCCCAGCAGCCGCACCACCGGAGGAGGAGACGCACAGGUACCCGAAAUCCGGACCCAGGAUCCUCCGCAACCCCCGGCUUGUCUACGCUCACAGGGCCGGCUCUGUGGCCCGCUCCCGCGCACCGCCGAGUUUGGGGCUGGGGGCCGAGUCCUGCGGCUCACUGCGGCUGGCGGCAGGGGACGGAUUAUUUUUAGCAGGUUCCACUUUAGCCCAGUGGAACCGGGAGAUGUUCGCGGAGCCGGGUGGUUGUCUGCAGAGCGUUGGUGCAACCGUGCCUGCUGCCCGGGAGGUUUGGCUGCCGCAGUCCCCUCCAUUCACUGGGCUGUAAAUCGAAGCUGUCUACGCGGGCGGGCGAGGCGCUCGAUCUCAGCGUGGCCCUGGGGCUACGUCCCGCCCAGGUCUCCCGGCACCUGAUUUCCCAGUGGUCAAUUAGGUGUCUCAGCCUGCAGCAUUGAAGCAGUGGAGGGGCCAAUGCCCCAGCUUUGAUGGAGCGCGCCGUGCGCAGAGACCUCCCCAGUCGACUUCCUCAUCAGAAGGCAGCAUCCAUUCAUAAUUCUCUCUCUGCCUGUGGACCGAGUUAGGCUGGAGCUGGGCAUGGACUCCCGCGAUCUCCCUUUUUGCAUCUGAAGGCGAAACUAAGAUAAAAGGCAAAAGGAAGAAGGAAUGCGGUCCUAACGCAACAAGGCGCUGGAAAGCCCCCGAGAGGCCUCUCCUUUGCGGGGAGAGGGAGAAGAGGCAGAUCGUGAGCCCAGCGCCCCAGCCAGCUGCUGCUUCGCUGCGGAGCCGGCACGCAUGCCUACCUCACCUGACGGCCGCAUUCCCGGGGAGCCGGCACGGGGCCCGGCGGCGCGCCCAGGGCGCACGGGCGGUAGGAUUUCUGCACCGGGAGAACGAUGCGCGGGCGGGCUUCCCAGGGCCGAGCCCGAGCCUGAGCGGGCGCCCGCGGAGGCUAGCCUUGGCGCGGUGCCCCACCGCAACCCCCCGGGAUGCUCCGCGACUCGCAGCCCAGGCCACUCCGCCGUCUCCAACCUGGACAUUGAGAGUAAGCUGAGCGUAUACUACCGCGCCCCGUGGCACCAGCAGAGAAACAUCUUCCUCCCGGCCACGAGGCCGCCCUGCGUGGAGGAGCUGCACCGCCGUGCCCGGCAGAGCCCGCAAGCCCUGCGCAGAGAACACCGCAGCCGGAGCGAUCGCCGGGAGCAGAGAGCCGCUGUCCCCCUUUCUGUAGUGGCUCCUCCACUGCCAGCCUACCCCCCAGCUCACAGCCAGAGGAGGCGCGAAGUAAAGGACCGGCACUUCUUAACGUUUAACAGCACCCGUUCGCCCUCCCCCACUGAGUGUUGCCACAUGACCCCAUGGAGUAGAAAGUCCCAUCCCCCAGAAGAUGAAGACACAGAUGUCACGUUAGGGCAGAGGCCGAAAAACCCGGUACACAAUAUCCCCUCGACACUGGACAAGCAGACCAACUGGAGCAAAGCACUGCCUCUCCCAACACCAGAGGAGAAAAUGAAACAAGAUGCCCAAGUGAUCUCUUCUUGCAUUAUUCCCAUCAAUGUCACUGGAGUUGGUUUUGACAGAGAGGCUAGUAUACGCUGCUCUCUUGUUCAUUCACAAUCCGUACUACAGCGGAGACGAAAACUGAGGAGGAGGAAAACCAUCUCGGGUAUCCCCAGAAGAGUCCAACAAGAAAUAGAUUCUGAUGAAUCCCCUGUGGCCAGGGAGAGGAAUGUGAUCGUGCACACACAUCCAGACCCUUCCAGCACUGUCAACAGGAGGUCUGGAACCAGGGACUCGGAGUGCCAAACCGAAGAUAUUCUGAUUGCUGCUCCAUCCAGAAGGAGAAUCAGAGCUCAAAGGGGUCAGAGCAUCGCAGCUUCCCUUUCUCAUUCUGCCGGCAACAUCUCCGCGUUGGCAGACAAAGGCGACGCCAUGUUUACUACAGCAGUGAGCAGCCGCACAAGAUCUCGGAGCCUUCCCCGGGAGGGCAACAGAGGUGGGGAUGCUGAGCCCAAAGUUGGUGCUAAACCCUCGGCAUAUGAAGAGGGGGAGCCUUUCGUGAGUGACCAAGAAAGAAACACUAAUGAUUGCAGUGAUGCCCCCAGCAGCCCGAGUGCACAGGAACGCCAGCCUGCUCUGGGCCUGGCUUGCUCUCAACAUCUUCACAGCCCCCAGCACAAGUUAAAUGAGAGAGGGAGGUCGCGUCUAUCCCGAAUGGCUGCCGAUUCUGGUAGCUGUGACAUCUCCUCCAACUCGGACACCUUUGGGAGCCCCAUCCACUGCAUCUCCACGGCUGGCGUCCUCCUCAGCAGCCACAUGGACCAGAAGGACGAGCACCAGUCAUCCAGCGGCAACUGGAGUGGGAGCAGCUCCACAUGCCCCUCACAGACCUCAGAGACGAUUCCUCCUGCAGCUUCUCCUCCCCUCACUGGCUCUUCACACUGUGACUCGGAGUUGUCCCUAAACACGGCCCCUCAUGCUAAUGAGGAUGCCACUGUCUUCGUGACCGAGCAGUACAACGACCACCUGGAUAAAGUGAGAGGCCACCGGGCAAACUCCUUUACCUCCACGGUGGCCGACCUGCUGGAUGACCCCAACAACAGCAACACAAGUGACAGUGAGUGGAACUACCUGCAUCACCAUCACGAUGCCUCCUGCCGCCAGGAUUUUAGUCCUGAACGCCCCAAGGCAGACAGCCUAGGCUGCCCGAGCUUCACAAGCAUGGCCACCUAUGACAGCUUUCUGGAAAAGUCUCCAUCAGACAAAGCAGACACUAGCUCUCACUUUUCAGUGGACACAGAAGGAUACUACACUUCCAUGCACUUUGACUGUGGCCUCAAAGGUAACAAGAGUUAUGUCUGUCACUAUGCAGCCCUGGGCCCAGAGAAUGGCCACGGCAUGGGGGUUCCUCCUACUCUCCCGGACUGUGCCUGGCAGGACUACUUAGACCACAGGAGGCAGGGAAGACCAAGCAUCUCUUUCAGGAAACCAAAGGCAAAGCCGACCCCACCUAAACGGAGCUCAUCACUGAGGAAGUCCGAUGGAAAUGCAGACGUUUCUGAGAAGAAAGAACCAAAGAUAAACACUGGCCAGCUCCUGCCUCACAGUUCCAGGGAAAUGAAGCUGCCUCUUGAUUUCUCCAACACGCCUUCUCGAAUGGAAAAUGCCAACCUUCCCACCAAGCAGGAAUCUUCUUGGAUGAAUCAGAGUGAACAUGGUAUUAAGGAACCUCAGUUAGACACUUCAGAUAUUCCACCAUUCAAAGAUGAAGGUGCUGACUCAACUCACUAUGCAGAUCUCUGGCUUCUAAAUGACUUGAAAACAAAUGAUCCUUACAGAUCUUUAUCUAAUUCAAGCACUGCUACAGGUACCACAGUUAUCGAAUGCAUCAAAUCUCCAGAGAGCUCUGAGUCCCAAACAUCCCAGUCAGAAUCAAGAGCCACCACCCCAUCUCUUCCUUCUGUUGACAAUGAGUUUAAACUGGCUUCACCAGAAAAGCUGGCCGGCUUGGCAUCCCCAUCAAGUGGCUACUCGAGCCAGUCUGAAACACCAACCUCCUCUUUCCCUACAGCUUUCUUUUCUGGUCCACUGUCUCCUGGAGGUAGCAAAAGAAAACCGAAAGUCCCAGAAAGGAAAUCCUCACUACAGCAACCCUCUUUAAAAGAUGGAGCUCUGUCACUGAGUAAAGACCUUGAACUUCCAAUUAUACCUCCCACCCAUCUUGACCUAAGUGCUCUUCAUAGUGUCUUGAAUAAACCAUUCCACCACCGUCACCCACUGCAUGUGUUUAGUCAUAAUAAGCAGAACCCAGUAGGAGAAACACUCAAGUCCAAUCCUCCACCAUCCCUUGCAAUUACACCGACAGUCCUGAAAUCUGUGAACCUUAGGUCCAUCAGUAAGUCUGAAGAAGCUAAACAAAAAGAAGGCAACAAUACAGAUCUCCCCUACUUAGAGGACAAUGCUCUCGCAAUGGCUGCCCUGUCGCCAGGCAAGAUGAAGCCACAUUUGGCUAAGAAAUCAGUAUCACGUCAGUACUCCACUGAAGACACCAUACUGUCCUUUUUAGACUCCUCUGCACUUGAGAUGGGACCAGAUAAACUACAGCUAGAGAAAAAAUAUACUUUUGAUGUAAAGAAUCAUUGUGACCCAGAAACAGUUACCUCAGCUGGUAGCAAUCUUCUAGAGUCAAGUGUCACAAGAGACCCAAUACCUAUGGAGAGUGAGCCCAUUCCAGAAAACACACCAAGUAAAACUUGUGACUUUCCCACAGAAGGAUUUCAGAGGGUCUCUGUCGCCCGCCUAAGUGAUGUGGAUGGUAAAACACUCCAAUAUGGAGCUGGUGCAGAUGAAGCCCCGGCACAGGCGCAGAAGGCAUCCUCUGCAGGUGGAGAGGAAGCUGCUCAACUGGAGUCUGCAGAUGUGCUGACAUCUCAGUCGGACGCACCAACCAGACCCACAGACAUAAGCAAUCCCCUUAAGCAUCAACUGGGGAUGAGCCGCCACCAUGACCAAGUGCCUGGGAAUAUCAGCUACGAAGCAGAGGUAUCAACUGCAAAUCCAUGCCCUGAAAAACGUUCCGAGCAGGAAAAUAUUGCUUCAGGUAUUUCAGCCCAAAGUGCCUCUGGUAACAGCGGAGCAGAGGAGACCCAAGGAAGUAUGGAGGAGGUUUCACUGAAAGAAUCGUCACCGAGUGAUGACUCUAUGAUUUCGCCACUCAGUGAAGACUCUCAGGCUGAAGCAGAGGGUGUGUUCGUGUCUCCAAACAAACCUCGUACAACUGAGGAUUUAUUUGCAGUCAUUCACAGGUCCAAGAGGAAAGUCCUUGGAAGAAAAGAUUCUGGGGAUAUGUCUGCUCGAAGCAAAUCGAGAGCUGCUCUUGGCAGCGGCAGCGCCGGAGCCGGUUCUGUCACUUCGCCCAACAGCAGCGUGAGCACGCCAAACAGCCAGAGGUCUCCCGGCCUCAUCUACCGAAACGCCAAAAAGUCCAACACAUCGAACGAAGAGUUUAAGCUGCUGCUGCUCAAGAAAGGAAGCCGCUCGGAUUCCAGUUACCGCAUGUCUGCUACUGAGAUCCUGAAGAGCCCCAUCCUGCCCAAACCCCCGGGGGAGCUCCCGGCGGAGUCCCCGCAGAGCGCCCAUGAGGCCCAUCAGGGGGCCCCUGGAGCCGAGGUGUUGUCCCCGCUGUCUCCAUGCUCCCCAAGAGUGAACGCAGAAGGCUUCUCCUCCAAGAACUUUGCCACCUCAGCAUCCGCAAGGGUCGGGCGCUCCCGAGCGCCCCCCGCGGCCAGCAGCAGCCGCUACAGCGUCCGCUGCAGGCUCUACAACGCGCCCAUGCAGGCCAUCUCCGAGGGGGAGACAGAAAAUUCUGACGGGAGUCCCCACGACGACCGGUCCUCCCAGAGCUCCACCUAGGUGGCCCGGGCCAGGCUGGCUGGCAGAGGCCAGAGCCCUUGGUCCUAACAGGACGCAGGACCGGUGCGGAGGACUGGGGGGCGGGAGGGGGGAUGGGUGUCGGCACACCACGGGGCACCAUCGGGCACCAUUGCUGCUUCCCAACGAAUUCCUAAACAUUCGCUGGGGAAAUGGAAGCUGGUUUGGUCUUUCUUGAUUAUUUUCCAUGUUUUUAAGUAGCUGCACCGUCUUUCAUAUUUUUCUUUAGUAUAGUUUGAUUUACCCAAUCUCAUUCCUUUUAUAAUACAGAAUUUGAAGAUGUCUGCUUUUCAUGAAACCUAGAAAAAGUUUUCCCAGAGCUGCCUAUUCAAAAAACAAAGCCCUCACUGUCAUAAUUCUUAAGAAGAUGAAAUUACUCUGGAGGUUUGGUAUUUUUUUACAUUAAAAUGAACUACAGCAAAAUUUAGAAGAAAGAACUACACACAUGUAAAUACCAUAUUUUUGAUAAAAAUGUGUAAAUAGAUUUAUCAAUGACGAGUGGACAUGUGGCCAAUUAUCUACUACAAACCAACUGUUUAAAAAACACAAGAAAUAAACUGUAAUAAUUGUAUUCUGUGAAUACCAUUUUCAUAUCAAAUACCAUAUUUAAAUGUCCACCAAUAUGAUUUUCUGAGUGAUAAACCUCAGUUAUGAAUUUUAAACUGGCGAAAUAAAGGAAAUCUUGAGGUCAUAUACUGAAACGUGAUUAAUUUAAAUUAAUGAAUUCAGACCUAACCAUUUUUGUGACAAAUUGCAGCACCAAACAAGCAAAUAGUAACACAUGGCUAUGAUUUACCAUGUGGUAAUUUGGACAGAAUGGAAAGCAUGCUUUUGAUUUUUUUUUUAAUCAAUGAGAAGAAUCAUUCUCAACACAAAGCCCCGAAGAACAGCAUCUGACAGUGUCUUUUAGACUUUUAGUUUUUCAAUGGAUUGCUUUCAAGAGAAUGAAUAGGGAAAACAAUACUUAAUUUUAGGUUAUGUUUUAUAUUAGGCUACUGGGGGCAUAAACAGUCAUAAUCUAAUGACUAUGAACUCCUUAAACAGUGUAGCAAUUAGCUCCAGGUUCUUUAACUAACAAAAAUAAAACAUAAGCAUGCCACAGAGCUAUUGACUUAUCAGUAAGUACCUGCAAUGAGUUUUCAGUGAAGCUUUCUCUCUGUGCUGAUGAGAUUCACGCUACCUAAAAAGUAACAGAAAUGACACUGUGAACAAUAUAGUUGGGAAAUAGGUAUGUGUAUAUGCAUUAUUUAUAUUCGCUGUUAAACUGGGAAUGGGGAACAGCUCUGGUUCACAACACUACAUACAAAUGAGUUUUUGUCUGAUUUUACUGUAUCUGCUUGAUGGCGAAAGGGGAGGGGUGGUGGGUGGGAAAGGAAAUGUCAGGGCGAGUGCUCUGAUAAAAUGAAGGCAGGGAAACAAGCUGAAUUACUUGAAAUUACUUGAAUUUUCUUGUCUUAAAGCUGAAAAAAAAGUAGUUACAAGUUGAAAUCUGCAAAUGGUUCUUACACCUCUGAUUUUAACAUGAAAUGAUACUAAUGUUUGAAAUGCUUUGUCAGAAAUAUAAGCAGCUAUGUACUUAGAAUAUGUUUUGAUUGGGACAAGGUAGAAUGUAGAGAGAACUAAGAAGGGAUAUGGCCUAUAAAUGAAUAGAAUGUAAUUAGAAUGAUAGAACAGACCAGAGUUAUGAAGAAAUUGAUAAGCAGCUGGCUUUAAGUUUAUGCAAGUGGUAUUUGGGAAAGUAGGAUGUGUGACAGGGGGUUUGUGGCUUUGGUUUAAUUCAUACAAUAUGAAGGAGAAAGCCUGGUCUAAGAAGAUGCUGUCUUUCGAUAGAAACACUUUCUAAGAUGUUACAGAUUGAAAAUUAGAGAAUCUGAUUGCUGUUGGCUUUUUGUUUGUUUGUAAAGAAAAAAAUGUCUGGCUUCUUCUACUAUUUGUUUUUACUAUCAAAUAAUAUUUCUUAAUUUCUUGUCAUCCUUGUGUGUAAAAUGGGUGCUGGGGGGUGGCGGGGUAGAGGAGGGAGAACGUAUGUGUGUGUGGGUGUGGGUGUUUGUGCUGGGAUAGAUAAGCUACCUGGUAAAGGGUACAUUUGAACAUUUACAAAGUGUUAUACUUUUUACUAAAAGAAAAAUGUUUGGGGGUUUGAAAAAGUGGACCAUCACUUGUCAUUGGAACCCGUUAAUCAAGAAAACCAGCAUGGUUUGACACCACAUGGGAACAUGAAUAACUUUUUCUCAUGCUUUGAAAAGUACACUUGGCAAAAUUUUAAAAAAUAAUGUUUUUAGACAAAUGCGAUAAGAAACCGUCAUUUCCAGUCACAGUAGGUGAUCUUUUGUAAUUUUCAUAAAAGCAGUUCGUUUGCAGUAUGGCUUUUGUGUAGUCAGGGGUUUUUUAAGCGUAAAGAAAGGUAUGUGGGCUUUAAAAGUGAUUCUAAAUCUUGGAUAGGAAACACAUGAAUUGGCUUUAAUAAAUGUCACCUUUUUAUUAUUGACAUCAAUUUAAGUAAUGGUACCAUAUAUUUUUUAAAAUACAUACUGACUUGAAUUGUGAGGCAAUAAGAUUCCUUCUAUAUGUAAUGAUCACAGAACUAACCCUUAUAAUAUAGUUUUACUUAUUUUGUUUACUCUAAAAAUCUAUAGCAGAGUUUCUCUAUUUUAUAUUUCAUAGAUUAAAAAAAAAAAACCCAAAUAAUGAUGGAUUUUAAAUUCACUGUGGAAAGAGUAUUGAGCAACAAACUGAGUUUAAAAAAAAAAAUAGUAAGAAAUUCCUUAGUAAUCUGGAAUAUUCUACAUGGCUUUAUUACAUAGCAUAUAAAACCAAGAAUUAGAGGGCUGUCUUCAACAUCACUGCCAUUUUGAAGCAGGGUACACACAUUAGGUAUCGUGAAAAACAUCAAUCCAAACUUUUCUUCUGUUGUUUGCACUGAUGCUAAUUUUUUGUUCUUUUAUGUUUAUGCAACAUGUCUAUGUUGUGUGGGGGAAAUUUUUUUCCUUUUUUUUUUUUUUUUUGGCUAAGUAGAGGACAUGGACUAGUUGUUGCAAACAAAACACACGGUUUGCUCUUGCCAAAGGUCAGUGAGUGAGUCGAUUUGCUGCAGUGACGGCCGACUUAGAGAACUAGAUGACGACAAAGAUUUAAAACUAUAAAGAAGGUUACAGUGUAACUAUUUUGGUACUAGAACCAGUUCAUGCUGGCCAAAAAGACAAUGGUUUAUGGACUUGCAUCCAUUUUGUAUUUUUGUAAUAUUUGUAAAUAUGAACUUUUUAAAUUGUUGCAGAAAUGGUUUCUUUUUGUAAGAUGUUUUCAACGUUUACAUUCAACUCAAGCCUUUGUAUAUUUUAGAGCUGUGCAACACUUUAAGUCUUGUAUUUAUUUUUAGUAAAAAUGGUGACAGUUUCAUUGUGAACCCCUCUCAAAAAAAUGUACCAGAAAAGUUUGAUUACCUAGAAAGUGUGUAUAGAAACUGCAAAUAAACGUGACUGCAAUUAAACAACCGGUUUCCCUUGGAUUAUGUAAUU